GAUUUAUUACUGGUUUCCCAGGAGCAGGCUUUUUCUAGGAGCUUUUAUGCUUUGUGGAAUCCAUCCUCUGAGGAACAAAUGUUUUUAUCUUGGAGAGUGCUGGAAUAGCCAGUAACUGUGCGGAAGGAAGUUAGCCCACCAAAAUCCAUUUCCAGGAUAGUUACCUGGGGAAGGACAGCAGCGAUGAAGCACUGUUUUUACAAUGAGACUGUGGGGUUCUUCUACAACAACAGCCGCAAAGAGCUGACCACGUACUGGAGGACGAAGGAUGUCCUGGUGGUUGCCCUGGGCCUGACAGUGAGUGUCAUUGUGCUCCUGACCAACCUGCUGGUCAUCAGCGCUAUCAUCAUCAACCGGCGUUUCCACUACCCCAUCUACUACCUGCUGGGGAACUUGGCAGCUGCCGACCUCUUUGCUGGCAUCGCGUACAUGUUUCUCAUGUUCCACACGGGGCCCAGGACAGCAGAGCUCUCCCUGAAGACCUGGUUCAUCCGUCAGAGCCUGCUGGACACCAGCUUGACAGCCUCUGUGGUGAACCUGCUGGCAAUCGCUGUAGAAAGGCACCAGACUGUUUUCACUAUGCAGUUACACAGCAAAAUGUCCAACCAGCGUGUGAUGAUCCUCAUCUUCUGUAUUUGGGUCACGGCCCUGCUCCUGGGGCUCAUCCCGUCCUAUGGCUGGCACUGCCUCUGUGCCCUGGAGAAGUGCUCCAGCAUGGCACCGCUCUACAGCAGGAGCUACCUGACCUUCUGGGCCAUCUCCAACCUCGUCAUCUUCCUGAUCAUGGUGGUUGUGUACACGCACAUCUUCAUCUAUGUCAAAAGGAAGAUGACACGGAUGUCCAAGCACACUAGCUUCCACCCCCGCUACAAGGAGACCAUGAUCAGCCUUGUCAAGACGGUCACUAUUAUCCUAAGUGCCUUUGUUAUCUGCUGGACUCCAGGACAAGUUGUGCUCCUCCUGGAUGGCUUGGGCUGCAAGAGCUGCAAUGUUCUAGCGGUGGAGAAAUAUGUCCUUUUGCUGGCAGAGAUCAAUUCGUUGAUAAACGCUAUUGUCUACUCUUACAGGGACAACGAGAUGCGUAGCACCUUCCGGAGGAUCCUCUGCUUUGUCUGUUAUAGGAAUUCCAAAUACACCCCCACGGUGGUGAAGUUAAACACCACAGACCGCAGAACACUUUCUCAGAACGGGCACUUUACUGUGGAUUCCUCUAUUUAGCUCUUGAUCAGCGAGACAAGCACGGUGCUGAACAGCGGCCGCUUUCUGAUCAAAAGAGCAGAGGCUAAGAGCAACCUGCUUCUAAAGCAGUUGAGACUUCUUUUAUGUGCUGAAGCAUAAAUAUUUCUAUAGAAUACUUGUCAUCGAUAAAGGACAAGAUGCUUUUAAGAAACUGCUGGAUGGUGCGUUAUUUAGGACAAACAUACUUUGAGUAGUGUUCUUAUUAAAGACUGCUAUUUCUAAUGCAAAGUUGAUUUAAUUUAGCAGCAUCUAGAAGCAUGCUAUGUGCAACAGGAAUCUCACAUGAUCUCUCAACGAGCAAAGUAUUUUCUUGGUACUUCAGUAUUACUGCCUUCAGAAAUAGGCAUUCCAGUGGUAGCGUACUCCAAAGAGCCAAAGCUCUUCAGCUUUAUGUGUUGCCUCCUGAACAGAGCUGCUUAGUGUUUC